UGGUGGCUGCAUUUGUCGAGUGGUUGGUGGCCGCCAGGCUCGACCAGCAGGUCCUUCCAAUGCCUUCAGACUGUCCCAAUCCUUUUCGUUCACCAUUAGUCUGGCUGCACCCCAAACCCUGUGCUACAAUCCUGCUAACUGAAAAUCUUGCAUAAUGGAAUCUGAACUCAAGGUGCUCCGUAAAUCUCGUGGGGAGGCCCCAAUGGUCAUCUGCGUGGAAUGUACGGCAGGGAGUCUUCAGAAGAUGCUUGCUGAUUCUCUCACAUUGUCAUGAGACGGCAUGUACGGAAUUCUUGACCUCAUCCACACCAUCUCAUCCAAUCUUUCCCGUGGAGUAAGAAUAACCACUCAUCCUAUAUAGUUCCGCGCCCGUCCUGAAUCGCUUUUCCCCUCAACCCUCAAACCGGCACUUGCAAUGAUUCAUAUGCUAAAUUUCAUUUUUUCCUCUGUUCUAUGGCUUUAUGUCACAGUUAGCGCGACGUCCGGCAGUCCUAAUCUCCAAGUUCAUCUUACCUCAGGAACAUUCCUAGGCCAGACGUUGUCUCCUGGUAUGGACAGAUGGCUCGGUAUUCCUUAUGCACAAGCUCCCCUGGGAGACCUUCGUUUUAAGGCACCAGUUGCCAUAACUCGGCCAUCUAUAACUGUACGAAACGCGUCCACGUUCGGAAAUGCUUGCCCACAAGUACCCUCUGGGAGUUUAGGUGCUCCUACGUCGGAGGAUUGUCUAUUCUUGAAUGUAUGGCGUCCUGCGGGAACUGGCGUUGAUGCAAAACUUCCUGUCUUGUUAUGGAUUCAUGGUGGUUCUUUCAUGACAGGCGCUGCAUCUGACCCUUCGUGGGAUCCGACUCGGAUUAUUCAGAGAAGUGUACCUGUCGGAAAGCCGAUUGUCUUUGUGUCCAUGUGGGUCAGAUUUGGCCAUGUAUUUUUGGAUCAUGCUAAGUUCGUCCUCGGCAGCAACUAUCGACUUAAUACUUUUGGUUUCGUGAGUCACAUUAACACACGCCCGUAUGGCUCCGUUAACGACUCUGCUCAGCUAUCAACGUCACACCUCGCGCCUCAGGACCUCAAUGCGGGUCUUCACGAUCAGAGAAUGGCUUUCGAGUUCAUCCAAAAUAACAUCGCCAUGUUCGGAGGAGACCCUUCCAAGGUCACCAUCUGGGGACAGUCGGCUGGCGCGGGGAGUUCGGAAUCCCAUGUUGUCUUCCCGGCUACCAGAAGUCUUUUUCGUGCUGCAAUCUUGAAUUCUCCGACUGGGCCCAUUAAGAAUUGUCCACCUGCCAGCCGCUACGACGAUCCUGGAUUACCAUUCGCACGUUUGCUUAACCUGACUCAAUGUACUGCUGGUCCAGGUGUCAUUUCGUGUUUACAGGGCAUGUCUUUCGAGGCACUACAGAAUGUCUCCCUGACCAUGACAGGGGAGGCUCUCAAUGGUCAACUUUGGGAGCCUUCCGUUGGUCCGCCAGGUAGCUUCAUCACUCUCCGGCCUUCGCUACAAAUUGCAAGCGGUAACUUUUUGCACAUUCCGAUCCUCGCUGGAACAAAUGUGAAUGAAGGUACUACGUUCAGUCAAUCGGUUCGCAACCUCAGCAUUUCCCCGGAACAAGAAGAUCCUGCUUUCGACAACUUCAUUAGAAAGCUUAUGGUUGAUCCUGCGCCUAUUACUACUGACGUCCUGGAUACUAUCCAUGAGCUGUUUCCCGCUAAUUCCACUGCCAAUGGAGCACCCUUUGCUACCGGUGACUCUCUCUUCGAUAGAGCGGAAGCAUGGUACACGAAUCAAAACUUCCAUGGGCCAAGGCGAUUAUUGUUCAACAAGGCUGCGUCGCUUGGACAGAAGCUGUUUGCAUACGCCUUCCGAGAGUUCAUACCAGGAAAUCAACGUUCACUUGGAGUUUUCCAUGGUUCCGAACUCUCUUUACUAUUUGGACCUGUGCCUAAUCCCGUAGAAAACGCAUUUGCAAACCAAAUGCUUGAUUUUUACAUCAAUUUCGUGAACGAUAUGGAUCCUGGAGGAGGUUGGCCAGAGUUUGAUCUCACGACUAAGAGUGUCCUGCAGUUAUUGCGAGACAAUGUCACGAUCAUCCCGGACGAUUUUUUGCUAGACCAAACGAAUUUCCUGAUUGAACCGCGGGUCUUGGCUGAAUUUCAGAAGUAGCCAUUGGAAUCGGUUGUUUACAACGAGGUUGCUUAGGCUAUGACUAUCCGAAUUCCAUGUAUCUCAGCGAAGUAGCCGGCUGUGCAUGUAUAGCUGGGUAACCAACCAGAUAUCCGCUUGACCUUAUACACGAAUAGGAUCCACAGUGAGUACAUGUUGUCAAUUUGUAUACGAACAUCUUGGCUGCGAUCAAGAGUUCCAAUUGGACGUCAUUACGUGUUGGACGGAUUCUUUCUCAAGUGAUGCACCUUUAACUGCUUCCCGUCUAGAAGUCUGGGUUCCUCAGGAACAUCCCCAUGUUACACCAGCUAACUUCGGACAAUGCACUGGCCGAGCUAUAAACACAUUCGUCAUGA